GAAAGAAAUUUGCUGGCAGUUGUUAUUUGUUACCCGAUGAAUACCUACCAGUCUGAGUGGAAAUUUGUUUGAGAAUUUUUCGAAAUAACACAGUGAUAACUCACGUUUCACCUUCGCAGCCUUAAGAUGCCUGGACAUAUGCAUGGAGGUUUUAGAGCCGCACCCGGACCGGUAAGGAUGAAUAUGGCCAAGAGUGCUCCAGGCAUGCGCAUGGGUGGUCCAGGACCAGCAAGAGUUGGUAUGACAGCAAUGGGACCCGGACCAGCAAGAGUUGGCAUGGGUGGAGCACCACCGCCAUCUUAUGGUGGACGCCCACCAGCUGGAGCACCACCACCACCAUCGGCACGUCCAACACAAGUGAAUGUAAACGUGAACAACGCACCACGACCCAUUGUAAACGAUGUCGUUGUGGUAGGCGGUGGCGCACCAUUACUACCCGCCGCAGGUAUGAUGCUCGGUGCAUCAAUGGUUGCAGGCGCUGCUGUGGGUGCAAUGGCAGCAACGGCCAUGAGUGGACCAAGGGAGGUCAUUGUGGCUGCGCCACCACCACAGCCAUCAACAGUAAUUGUAAAUACGCCCGGUGUGAUGCCGCAGCAGCAGAUGUCGGGCUCGUCGACGGUAGUGGUGAAUUCCUCGUCAGCAGCAGCGAUGCCAAAUUCAAAUGUGGUUGUGAACUCUGGCAUGGGUAUGGGCAUGCCAGCGGCGUCAUCAAGUACUGUGGUAGUGGAAAAUGGCGGCCCAAUGAUGCAACAACAGCAACCAACAACAGUGGUGGUUGGAGGAGGCGGCCCGAGGCAGCAGCCAACGACUGUGGUCACAGAGACAGUAGUUAUACCGCCUAAGCCGAGUAGUUGCUGCUGUGUUUUAAUAUGAUAUUGAUUGGAAAACUGGGCAGGAGUGGUUGGUAGGAAUAGUUGUAAGGAGGUUGAUAUAGAGCUAAGAUAUAUGUAUUUGUAACAAUAAAAAGAAUAAUAAAAACUAAUGAUUUAAAUAUUA